CAAUGAAAACAAAAAUAUUUUGUUUCUUCUUUUUCUUUCACAUUUAGCAUUAAUCAUUCUCGCGAUUUUUAUGUACUUCUACUAUAAAUAUUUACAAGGAAAUAACAUUAUGUGUGUAAAAGUGUUACGUUCCUAUAGUGAGCUUGACUUAUAGCCUAAUCAUAGACUAGUAUGAGUCAGCACGUGGACUCAGUCAUUCAGAUAGUGCAGUAGUUGAUGCGGUUGUUAGAUCCCAAUUUUCAGGUUUUGAUGUUUCUUUUUUUUCAUCCGCUUGUGGCAUUGCGACCAUGGCUAGCUAAUGAUACAAUACCGUGGCCGUUUUAGUUUCCUGUGUUUGCGAGCUGGGAUAGAUUUUCGGAGUUUAAUGAAGGACAGGAAGAUAUUGUAUAGUGCUGGAAUGCGAACAGACCCUUCAUUUUUUACUUAAGGACCAUGUUCGAUGGACAAAACUGAAGUGUGCUAGAAUUUGAACAACAACAUUCACAUACUAUGGUUAAAUACUCUCCUCAACGAAGUUCUCCGACAUUUUCAACAAUAAAAGAAGAGGCAAAAUGCUGAAAAAUCGUUGCAAUCAUUUCCAACUAUGGCUAUGCUUUUCUGUUGAAAAUGGUUUAAUGGUAUAACACAUAUAUUCCGCUGCAAUGAGACCAAGCACGUUGAAUUUCCGGCAACAAAACCAUGAUGUUUCUCGGGUUUUUUUGAGAGAGGCCUACAAAUUGUGGAAAGAAAGGUCGGACAAUUGUCUUGUAGCUGAAAGCGAAAUACAGUUGUUGUUUAAUAAAUUGGAUCUUUAUCCGACAGCAGAGCAGGUUCAUGACAUGUUACAAACAACUAAACUGAUUUUGCAGGUUUGCAAUAAUUGUACUUCUAUAUCGCCCCAUAAAAAUGGAUUAAAAUUUGGGGAGUUCAUAGUACUACUAUCUGAUAUACGUAAGCUGAGAUAUGCAUCUAUAUUAAGCAACCAUGACAUCACUCAAUCGAUCUCAUCAGAGUCUGUCGAUCAUCCCUCAUCUAGUAAAAGGUUUGAAGAAUUAUCUGUAGAAGCAACGGCUGGCCCGGAAGUAUUUCUAGGAGGCUCUUGUAAUCCAACAACAUGGCGUGCAGAUGUAGCUAUUCCAACGUUGAACCGCUUAGGAAUUUCUUUCUAUAAUCCACAAGUAUCAGAAUGGACUCCAGAUCUGCUAGAAUUAGAACACCGUGCUAAAGAGAAAGCGAAAGUGUUAUUUUUCGUCAUGGAUUCACAAACGAGAUCAACUGCAGGCGCAAUAGAAGUGGCUCAUAUCGCCGGAAAAAACUCCAAGCAUUUGGUUUUAGUAUUAUUGCCUUAUAAACAAAAUCAAAAAAUACUAGAGGAGACACUGACAAUCGAUGAAUAUAUGGAUCUUUCUCGAAAUCAACUGUUGCUGAAACAAUUAGUAAGACGUAAAGGAUUACCUGUUCUCGAUAAUAUUCCGCUGGCGCUAGAAUACAUAAAAAAUAUACUGUCUGGAAAGCCGUGUCGAAUGCAUCCGCAGAAUAUUGCUACAAGAUUGAUAUCUGUUCGAAGAACUUUCGACAGAGUUGUCGGGAAGUCCAACCAUGCUAUAAGUAUAACUCAGUGUCAGAAAGCCCUUGUCGCCUUAGGUUACCCAACUGGAAUCGCAUCUAUAACAACAAUUAAACAAAUAAUGGCUUAUUUUGAACAGAUUAAACGAGAUUGUGGAACAGUUCUUGCAACAGAUUCUUUCCCAAUCAUGAACACUGAAGUUGGCAACAGUGUAGCGGAUGAAACAUUCCCAAUCACCUUCGAAGGGCUAUGCAUAUUGGACUCAUAUUUCUCUGUCCUCCAUCAAGACAUUUUGGAAACAAAUUGUGUUUCACCUAUCAAAGGCACUAAUCUGCAACAACCUCCAAUUUAUUUAUCCAAUUCACCGGAAUGGAACCAUCGUAUUCCUUCUUCCCCUACCGCAGGUCCGUUAUAUGUAACUGAAGACGCAGUCUUGAAAUACUAUUCGGCCAACAUACCAGAGUACAGUUCUAUGGAUACGAGGACAGUAGCGAAAUGCACAAAAAACAAAACUCAACAACUUUUACAUGAUUCCACACACUCUGUGAGAACAAUUAAUGAUAACUACUGUCACAAAAACAAUCAAAACCAUCAUUUACUUCAAAACAACCAACAAAGCACCGGUCAAAAACAAAAUAUAUUGUCGAAAGCUUUGGAAUACGAUAAGCAUCAAUUUUUAAAGAUGCGUGAUGUAUAUUUAGGAGGAAGCUGUUGGUUGCUAACGAACUGGCGUCAAAAAUAUGCCUUUCCGUAUCUCAGAUCGAAAAAUAUUACAUUUUAUACAUCAAGCUUUUACGAAGGACACGAUAUUGCAGCCAGUAUGGAGACUGCUUCAGAAACAGGGGAACAAAAUGAGAAUGUAUCAAUGUUUAACCCUGCUCUUCUAGAUUGCAGCCGUGUUCUGUUGUUUGUGAUCACUAAUGAAACAAGGUCGCUCGGAGCAAUGACUAUGGCAGCACACUAUAUAGGCAUGGGUUAUAACGUUAUAAUUUGCGUUCAAAUGCUUUCGAACGGAUGCCUUCUAAGAGGAACACAGCUCUCCAAUUCUGCAGUAAAGGAUUAUAACCGAGGACGCACCUAUCUUAUUGACCUUGCAAAUCGACAAGGUAUUCCUGUAUUCAAUAAAAUUCAGGAAGCUCUCCAUUGUGCGGUUGAAAAAUUACGGGUAUACUAAAGAAUGACAUUCGUGAGCGGAAUUUUAAUGUUAUGCCGAUAAAUUUAGCGAUAUCAUUAAGCAAACAGACGAUUAAACGCGGUAUGUGAAUGUUGAGGGUAUAACCGAGAUGUGAAUAUAUUCAAUGAAAAAGUAAUUCUAUAUUGUUUUAUAUUACUUUAUAGUUUUUAAUUUUAAUUGUGCAUUUUUGAAAACUUUUUCAUAAUUGCAAGUAGACGUUAACAAAAGAUUUUCAAUUCAAUUUACUUAAUUCGCAUUACACCAUUAAAUCACUGCUUGGUCUAAAUUCUAAGUUACAAACUGAAAAUGUGCUUGAUCCCAAAUAGUUUUAUUGAAAAAAAUAACGCAUGAAAACCGUUGAAAAUCAAGAACAUAUAAAAAGAGUGAGUAAAUAAAAUAAAAAAUGUGAAGUCUUUUUCUGUGUAUGAA